UCACACACUGCCGCCUGAGGAGCUGGAGCAAGGGUAGUCGGGCCCCAUCCUUCUCAGCGCUCCAACCCAAGGCAGAGCCUCUGCUCCAUGAGUUGGGGUCGGAUGGGAAGAAGGGCUCCCCAUUUGUUAACUGCUCGGGGAGGGUGAGAGCCCAGACAUCUUGACUGGGAACCCCCCGGCGAGGGCCGGAAAGUUCUGUGUUCUGGAGUGUAGGGUCCGGAGUUUCUGAGCAGAGAUCACCGCCUCUGGCUUUCUUACCGAAGAAUUUCUGUAGAUUUUUCUCAAGAGGUGUUUCUUCACUGGCUGUUUAACCUCUGGGGCCGUGUCCAGGCGCUUUGAAUAGUUGUUUGCCUUCGUUCUAAACAGUUUUCAUCCAUUUCCCUGGGGAUGAAUCAGCUGAGCUCUCCACGCAGCUAACUCUCUUUCCCGCAAGCUUAAAACUGUUUCGAGAAAAGUUAGGAAAUUUCCAAAAAAUUGCCAGAAACCGGUUUUUGGGAGCAGAUGAGAGCGUUAGCACGCUCCGGUGGCUACUUCUUGUCCUCGCACGUCGGCAAAUGCCCUGACCUCGAGAACCAGCACCACCCAGCCCGGGCUGCACGGAGGACCCAGCCAGUCACCGCGCUGUCAACAGGAAGCAGCGGCCGCAGCUUCUCGGGAGAGCAGCCGCCCGGCGGGGACUCCGGGGCCGGAUGGCGUCUCCCCGGGCUCCGGGAACGUCGCGGGCGCUGUCCCCCAACCGGGCAGUAAAAGAUCGAGUCUCCUGCUCUCGGUCCUCAGCCGCCCGGGGACUCAGGGUACACGGAGUUCCUGAGCGCCUGGGUGCUGAGGACACGCAGGGGGAUCCAGACUUGGUUCCUGGCCUCGUAGCCUCACAAUGCACUUAAGGGAGCCCGAGCGAAGUUACCUACGCAGAUAACUUGAGUCCACUUGCCACAGGAGGAAGCCAGCUGGGAGAACCACCAUUGCAAAGAUUUUGGAAAGACAUGAAGAAAGUCCUCAGAAAUGCUGUCUACAGCCCCAUGGCCUCCUGCUGACUGGUGCAGAGCUUUGCUCCUGUGGUUCCUUGACAUGACCCUGUGCAGGAUGUCUGCCGAGGUCAUCCAUCAGGUGGAAGAGGCGCUUGAUGAAGACGAGAAGGAGACACUGCUUUUCCUGUGCCGGGAUGUCACCGCAGACGCCGUGCCGCCGAAUGUCAGGGACCUUCUGGAUGUUUUAAGUGAGCAAGGCAAGCUGUCAGUGGUGGACUUGGCUGAGCUGCUCUACAGAGUGAGACGGUUCGACCUGCUCAAGCGGAUCCUGAAGAUGGACAAGGCAGCCGUGGAGGCCCACCUGCACGGGCACCCUCACCUUGUUUCCGACUACAGGGUGCUGAUGACGGAGAUCGGUGAAGAUUUGGAGAAAUCUGAUGUCUCUUCAUUGAUUUUCCUCAUGAGAGAUUAUAUGGGCAGAGGCAAGAUAGCCAAGGAUAAGAGUUUCUUGGAUCUUGUGAUUGAGUUGGAGAAACUAAAUCUGGUUGCUCCAGAUCAACUGGAUUUAUUGGAAAAAUGCCUAAAGAACAUCCACAGAAUAGACCUGAAGACAAAAAUCCAAAAGUACAAGCAGGCAGCUCAGGGAGUGGAAAGAAAUUAUACGAAUGGUUUCCAAGCAUCUCUUCCAAACUUGAAUCUCAAAGAUCCUUCAUAUAACUUACUGUUCCAGAAUGGGAGAAAUAAAGACCAACGACUUGUGGAACGACUUGGCAUUCCAAGAGCCGUGAAGACGUCCAUCCAGGAAUCGGCAGCCUUCAUGCCUCAGCACCCACCAGAAGAGAGAUACAGGAUGCAGAGCAAGCCCCUGGGGAUCUGCCUGAUCAUUGAUUGCACUGGCAACAACGUAGAGGCUCUUCAAAACACCUUCGCUUCCCUGGGCUAUGAAGUCCAGCCCUGCUCGGCUCGCCGUGUGGAUGACGUAAUCCGGACUCUUGGCCAAGUAGCCUGCAUGCCCCAGCACCGAGACUAUGACAGCUUUGUGUGUGUCCUGGUGAGCCGAGGAUGCUCCCAGAGCGAGUUCGGAGUGGACGAGCAUCACUCGGGGUUCCCUUUGCAUGGCAUCAGGAGGAUGUUCACGGGGGACUCAUGCCCUUCUCUCAUAGGGAAGCCAAAGCUCUUUUUCAUUCAGAACUAUGUGGUGUCAGAGGGCUGGCGGGAAGACAGCAGCCUCCUGGAGGUGGACGGGCCGGCAGUGAACACGGCGGAAGCCAAGGUCCCGCAGCCGAGACCCUCCCUGGUUCACCGGGAAGCUGACUUCUUCUGGAGCCUGUGUACCGCGGACGUGUCCCUGCUGGCUCGGGCCCCCAGCUCACGGUCCAUGUACCUGCAGUUCCUCUCCCAGAAACUGGGCCGAGAAAGGAAUCGCCCACUCCUGGAUCUCCACGUUGAACUCAACAGCAAAGUGUAUGAUUGGAACAGUCGCGCUCCUGCUAAGGAGAAGUACCAUGUCUGGCUGCAGCACACUCUGAGAAAGCAGCUCAUUCUUUCUCACCAAUGAAAAGCCAAAAGCUGUUCUUAGUUCCAUGUCCGAGAGAGCGAGAGCGAGAGCGAGAGCGAGAGAGAGAGAGAGAGAGAGAGAUCUUUCAUCCACUGGUUCACUCCCCAGAUGGCUGCAACAGCUGGUGCUGCACCAAUCCGAAGCCAGGAGUGAGGAGCUUCUUCCCGGUCUCCCAUGUGGGUGUAGGGCCCAAGCACUUGGGCCAUCCUAUACUGCUUUCCCAGGCUAUAGCAGAGAGCUGAAUUGGAAGUGGAGCAGCUGGGACUCAAACUGGCGCCUAUAUGGGAUGUUGGCACUGUAGGCGAUAGCUUAACGUGCUACACCUCAGCACCCACCCAAUAUAUUAUAUAUUUUUAAAAUUGGCUUUGAUGGAUGUGCAUCUGUGUGCAUUUAUGUAUGUUUUGCCACAGUUGUGUCACUGAGGGUUAAAAGAGUGGAAGGACAGUUUUCAGACUCCAUGACCAGUUAUUCCUACUUGAAAAGUUUUUUUGCUGUUGUUGUUUUAAUGUAGGAAGGACCCUUGAGAGUUUCUUUACCUGUAGCCUGGGGACAUGAGUAGGAAGUAAUGUGUAGCCUACAGACAUCAGUAGGAAGCCACUAUAUUUAUUUAUAUUAUGUUGUACUUUGAUGUUUAUAUAAAUUGCCAAGAAAAUAUAAAUAAAACUUGAUAAAUUUCACAGAUUAAACUUUUGUUUGUAAAUAUAAAUGGAAAUGUAAUGAUAUACUUUAUUCAUUCAUUCAAAAGCACAAGGCUAGUAUAUUGGAUUUUCUUAAAGGUCUUAAACACAUUGCAUAUAGAUGAAUGCAUUUUUCCAAUAAUUACCUAAUGAUCAAUACAUUUGGUUACCAAAGUAAGUGUAUACUGUGUUUGGCUUUAUUUCUUAAUUUGCUUUAUAGUCCUAUUCUUUUGCAGGUUUACAUUUCAAAUUCUCUGAGGUUAUGGCAGGCAGGAGUUGAUAGUCUAUAAACCAGAGAUUAAGAUACAAAAUGUGAUUGAAUGUGUUCUACAAGUUGGCUUGGCUGAGUCCAUCAUCUGGUUAGAUGAGCAGCUAGAUUGUAUCCAUUACCUUGGGAGCUACCAACUGCUGAAAUUAUCCACUUUGACCCAUCAGAUAUGCUUGAUUUUUUUCCUGAUCUCAUUCCUCUCAUGUAUUUUUAAAAAGAUCUUAUUGCAUAUAUUUGAGGUUUGCAACGUGGUGGUGUGAGAUACACAGAUAGUAUCUGUAUAGUAUCUGCUCCAGUGGGGAAGCACAUCACAUUUCUAUGCUCUCAUAUCAUUAAUUCCUUGUGACAAGGACACCUGAAUUCUAUAUAACAAGAAUCCCUAAUCCCAUACAAUUUUAUUAACCUUAGUCCCCCUGUUAUACUUUAGACCUUUAAACUUGUUCACUUUAUUUGUAUGUAUUCUUAUCAGAGUCUAACCUCUAUACUUAAAAAUAAAAAGUAAUCAUAUGGUCUUUUGUAUUAUCUGAGCCUUGAAUUCUGAAAAUCUUUCACAUUAAUGUGCACCUUCUUGGCUCUGGAUGAUUAACUCUUUUAUCAUUCAAAGUAUACAAGUAAUGGAAGAUGUAGCACAACACAAAGAUCUAUUUUUAAUGUUUGUUUAAUCUCAUUAACCAGGAAGUCCAGUGGUAGGGGGUAGUUGCUUUGUUGGUUGAUUUAUUGGCUCGGGGCUGGCGCCGUGGCUCAGUUGGUUAAUCCUCUGCCUGUGGCGCCGGCAUCCCAUAUGUGCACCAGGUUCUAGUCCCGGUUGCUCCUUUUCCAGUCCAGCUCUCUGCUGUGGCCCGGGAAGGCAGUGGAGGAUGGCCCAAGUGCUUGGGUGCCUGCACUCGCGUGGGAGACCAAGAGGAAGCACCUGGUUCCUGGCUUCGGAUCGGCAUGGUUCCGGCCAUGGUGGCCAUUUAGGGGGUGAACCAAUGGAGGGAGGACCUUUCUCUCUGUCUCUCUCUCUCACUGUCUAUCUGUCAAAAAAAAAAAAAAUUAUUGGCUCCAAUGAUGUCAUCAAGGACUUGAUCUUUUUCACCUUUUCUCUCUGCAACCACAUCAUCUUGGCCUUGGUUUUCAGAUUUGUCAUCUAAUGGCUUCAAGAUGGUUAUGGGUCCAAGUAUGACAUCCAAAUGUCAGAAGAGAAAGCAUGUCUUCCUUCUGUCUCAAGUUUAAAGGAAAAUUUCCCCAGAAGUGCUCCUUCCCUUCACCUCUCAUUGGCUACAGUCGCAAGAUGUGUCCAUCCUUAAACCAGUCACGGCAGGGGCUGUGGCGUGGUUGUGCUUGGCUUAUAUCAACACAGAUUCAGUUCCUUGGAACUGAGUAGAGAUUCUGCCUCCCUGAGGUGCAAUGGUCUUCACAAGCUGGGGUCCUGUGGGGAAGUUUGAAAAAGUGGGGCAUGGCACCUGCUGUAGGGUAGCAACCAUAGUCAUCCCAGAAGGGUGAGAACACCAUAACAUUGUUUAAACUGAAGCACACAACGAUUUUUCCAACUUGCAGAGGAGAUCAGCAGUAACACCAGGUGCAGCAUGUGAACAACCAGUCUGAUGAACUGAUGUUCUUCAGAAAUUAGAGCAAAUGUUCGGAAUGUGCAGCAUGCAUUCCAGGGAAGGCAUCCUACACCUCUCCCUGCUGUUUGUGAAGGUCAUUGUCCUACCUUUCCAGCCCCGUCCUCUCCCUGCUGUGGCCCAUGGUCCAUACCAUGUCUUAUCCCAUCUGCCUGGCGUGGGGAAAAUUUAGAGCAUGGCAAAUCAGCAUCUUUGUUGCCUUUCCUUCCCUCUUUUUACACAAUCAUUUUUAAAAAUUAUGUUGUAUUGUCUAUUUCUUUACUUCUUCUUUUUUGAUGUUGGAUUCUGUUGUUUAUUACCAUCAAGCAUCAGUCAGUCCCCCAAUCCCAAUGAGAAGAGUACUACUUGUAAUUACUACUUGUAAUUCUUUGUGAUUUUUGCUCACUAGCAUGUGGUAUGGUGUGGAGGGAAGAGAGGUGGUGGUUUCAAGCUUAGGCUGACCGUGCCUCCCUUGCCUACCUCACAGAAUUGUUCUGAGGCUGAAGUGAGAGAUUCUUUAUGACUACGUCUUGCUAAGACCAUGCCAUUAGCUCACAUUCUGGAGGGGCUGAUUUGGAAGGGUGGAAUCAAACAUGGCAUUGCAGAUAGGAUUUGGGUAUGUUGAGAUGGAAUAGAGAAUGUGUUGUGGGCGAGAAAACAAGUCAACUGAGGGACAAACAGUAAUACAGGGCAAGCUGAAGAAACCUUGGAUGUAACUUAGCACGUGUGAGGAGGUGUGAGUAGGAAGGUAUGAGUUGCAGGCUGAGAGAUGGCUGGAGUCAGAGGGUGGAGUGCCCUGAAGGUCCCCAUCUUUUAACUUUAGCCCAUCUUCAUGUAAGUUAUUUUUCUUAUUUUAAUAAUAGAAUCUUUGAUUCUUUCUUUGCUUCUUAAAAAUGCAUUCAUUUAUUUGAUGGGUAGAAAGAGAGAGAGAGAGAGAGAGAGAGAGAGAACUCUCAUCUACUGGUUCACUGCCCAAAUGCUCACAAUGGACAAGGCUGGACUGGGUCAGAGCCAGGAGGUGGGGAAGCCAGGAGCUCAGUCCAGGUCUCCCACGUGGGUGACAGUGACCCAACUAUUUGAAUCAUUAGCUCUGCAUUCCAGGGUCCCCAUUAGCAGGAAAGCCAGAAUCAGGAGCCAGAACCAGCAGUCAAACCCAGGCCUUCCAAUGUGGGACACAGGUGUGCUAGCUGGUGUCCUAACUGUCAGGCCAAAUGCCUCCCUCCUUCUCUGGAACUUUCUCUGGAGCUUUUGUACAUGAGCACUUGAUGAUUAAAUGCUUUUCUUACUUUUCACUGGGUAUAGUUUUUAAUUAAAUAUUUGAGAUAAACUUAGAAUUAUAUAUAGAUAAAAGAAUGAGUAAUCCAGAUUAAAUAAAAUGUUCUUUUAAAUAUAUAUUAUAUAUAUAUAUAUAUAUAUGAAUCAUAUCAUUUUAAGAGGCAGUACUCCUAAAUAGUCAUGUAAAAGAGAUGAGGGGGUGAAACUAUUUCAAACAUCACAGUAGCCCUGCCCAAUAACUAGGCAAAUGUUCAGAUGAAAGAUUUCACUAGCUGAAGUUUUAUGUAGGUGUCAAAAUUUUAUAUCCAUACAUAAACAUUAUAUAUACACAUAAAGUUUAUAUAGUAUAUAUAAAAUAAAAUGUUAUCUAAAAUGAGAACUUAUAUCAAUUGAGCUGUUUUCAGCUCAUUUUACGUGAGCUAUUUCAUGUAAUCCUCAAACCAGGUUUACGAGGUAGGUGUUAUUGUCCUCGUUGUAUUAGAUGAAGAAAAUGAGGCAAAGUGAUAUUGAGUAGCUUACAUGCGGUCACCUUGCACCAGUAUGUGAACUCAAGCUGUACAGAGUCGCUUCACUACACUUCGAAUCACAAUAACCAGUCCUUGGGGUGACUUCUACAAAGAAUGUUACAGCACAGGAGAUGCUCAUACAAUAAUCUUCCCAGGACAAGCACCAAAUAUCAUAUCCAGUACGUUUAUAGUAACUAUCCCUAAAAUAAAAACGAAAAAUUCCUUUCCUAGGUAAACAAAGUCUAUAAGGCUGGCAGAAGUGUAAUGGCUGUUUUUGCUUUUCUUUUCCAAAUUCUCGUCUCUGUAUUUGAGGAUACUGCUGCCUAUACCAAAGCCAAGCUCCUUCCAUUUGAGUCUGAGUGUUGGGGGCUCAUUGCCAAUGAAGCCACCUCUCUGUUCUUAGAUUCCAGUUCAUUCUAGCUCUAAUUUUCUCCAUGAAUUGGCCUUGGUGGGGGUCUUGUGAACAUUUCUUGUCUGCAGCGUUUGCAAUGGAGCCUUUUCUCUUCUCAGACUCAAGCAGCAAUUUUUCAGGAUUAAGCACGUUUCUUGUGCCACCAAGAGGUCAGACUUUAAGGUCAGCCUUGUCAAAUUGGCUCACUUUCCCUACUAGCCACUCUUCCUAGUUCUCUCUAGUCACAGAAACCCUGGCCACACUGUAGGGAUAGCUGCGUGGUGAGUAGGAAGAAGCUUUGUUGGAUGAUGGUGUGAAGGCAGCACACCUGCCUCUGGACUUCUACAGGAGAGAACAACAGUGGGGGGUUAUAUUUCUCUUAACCUAACUAGUCCAACUGAUAUUGUUGUUUGGUUAGAAUGUAUAAAAUAUGUGUGCAUGUUGUAAAUUUGAAAGAAAAAUUUGUCUAGGGGCUGCCAUUGUGGUGCAAUGUGUUAAACCUCUACUUGCAAUGAGUGCCGGUUGUGGCCAUUUGGGGAGUGAACCAGUGGAUGGAAGAUCUCUCUCUCUUUCUCAUUCAACUCUUCUUUUUAAAUAAAUAAAUCUUUUUAAAAAUCUAGCAGAUUAUAUUUAUUUUCCAAUUAUUUUUAAAUGUGUGUGCACUUAAAAUCUGAGGUAACCUAAGUAUUUAGCAUGCAUGAUAACAUUUUUAUCUUUUUAUGGGCUAGAGAUGAUCAAUUAAGACAUUAUAGUGAAGUUUAAAAUGUGUCCGCAGAGAAGUGUGACUGACAGGAAACUGUCAUUCUAAUGGAACCACUCAAUUAUAGAUCAGCUUUUGGACUGGGUUUGUGGUGAUGGCCGGUUCACAGUGAACAGGAGUUUGAAAGAUAAAUACAUCAAGUUGAGAAUGAAGAAGUUACAUGAACCAUGCACAUGUGUUUAGUAUGGUCAAGAUGACACAAGAGGGACCAGUGCUUUUCCGUCCACAAGGCCUUGUUUCCCAAGCUGGUCCUCGCUUGCUUGCUGCAGCCCCCGUAGAGAAAUGCAGGACUUCCAACAAGGCCAUUGAUGAAACGACUCAUCUUCCAGCCAGGAAACCACAGGGUCUCCUCUAUUCCCUGGGACACUUUCUCUUCUUCCCUUUUUGGACUACUCCAAAGCUACAGGGCCUCGAGGCAUUUUAUUUAUCCAAUCAUCAGUUGAUGGACAUAUAGGUUGAUUCCAUAUUUUUGCUGUCAGGAAUUGAGCUGCCAUAAGCAUGGGGGUGUGGUUAUGUCUUUAUAUGCUGACUUUGUUUCCUUUGGAUAUAUUCCUAGGGGUGGGAUAGCUGGGUCAUAUGGUAGAUCUAUUUUUAGUUUUCUAAGGAACCACCAUAUUGUUUUUCCAUAAUGGUUAUACCAAUUUGCAUUCCAUCAAUAGUGUAUUAGGAUACUUUCCUCUCUACAACGUUGCCAACAUUUGUUAAUUUUUGAUUUUUUGGGUAAUAGCCAUUCUAACUAGAGUGAGGUGAUUGAUACCUGGUUGUGGUUUUCAUUUGCAUUUCCCUGGUGGCUAGUGAUCAUGAGCACUUUUUCAUGUGUCUGUUGGCCAUUUAUAUUUCUUCCUUUGAAAAACGUCCAUAUCCUUUGACCAUUUCUUAACUGGAUUGUUUGUUUUGUUGUUGUUGAAUUUCUUGAGCUCCUUAUAUGGUCUGGAUAUUAAUUCUUUAUCAAAUACAUAGUAUGCAAUAUUUUUUCCCAUUCUGUCCAUUGUAAGUUGUUAACACAUUUGAAUAAAUCCCUGACACAGCAGUUGCCUUUGUUUAACUUUGUAAGAAACCCCAAGAUUGUAUUUCUAAGUGGCUGUCCUACUUUUCAGAGUUCCUGUGGCUCCACAUCCUUGUCAGCAUUUGGUAUUGUCAGUGUUGAAGAUUUUACUGUUUUAUUUUGUAAUGCCCUGGUGGCAUUUGAUGAUGAGCGUUUUUUCCUAUGCUUAUUUGCUUUCUGUCUUCUUUGUUGCAAUGUCUAUUCAAAUACUUGUUCAGCAGCCUUUGCUGAAAAUGCUAUCUUCUUUAUUGGAUAGCCUUUGCUCCUUUUUCAAAACUUAGUUGAUUGUAUUUGUGUGGGUCUAUUCCUGCUCUAUAUUGUGUUCUACUUCAAUUAUUCUUCUCAUCAUACCAUGUGAUCUUCAUUAUAACAUUUUUUAAAAAAAUUAUUUAUUUAUUUGAAAAACAGAGCUACAGAGAGAGAGAAAGAGGGAGAGAGAGAGAUAUCUUCCAUCUGCUGGUUCACUCCCCAAAUGGCCACAGUGGCCAGGGCUGGGCCAGGUUGAAGCGAGGAGCCAGGAGCUUCAUCUAGUUCUUGGGCAUGUGUGGCAGGGGCCCAGACACUUGGGCCAUCUUUUGCUGUUUUUCCCAGGCACAUUAGCAGGGAGCUCAAUCAGAAGUGGAACAACCGGGUUUCAAACUGGCACCCAUAUGGGAUGAGGGCCCUGCAGGCCACAGCUUAACCUGCUGCACCUCAAUGCUCACCAGCCCCAUUCACUGUAAGUUUAUAUGAUGUAAAUAAUGUUGAGAGAAUAUAAGAUUUUAUAUUGAUUCACUUUAC